AUGAAGUUCUCUACCGCUGCUACUGUUCUUUUCGCCAUGUUUGUCGUUUCUGCUGCUGCCCUUCCCCGUGGAAGAGACGGUGGCGAUGACACUGUCGACGUUGAUGGCUGUAUCGAGCAAGGUGAUUUGUCCGGCCUUCUUCCCGGCGUCCUCCAGGAAGGCAUCCUUUCGAACAACCACAGAGUGUGCAAGCAAGGCGUCAAGGACGUCGACCACUAA